CCAAUUGGUCACUUGUGGUUCGGUAGAACUAUAAACCUUUGAACUAUUUAUAUUUUAAACUACUUGUUAGAAAAUGUGUCCUGCUUAAGCAUUGUGCGACAGUUGGAAUCACUUUGGCUACAUCAUGCACAAAGCAUUUAGCUUGCUUGAAUUUUCCAGUCUUCUUCUCUAUUGUUGUUUCCUUGUCUGUAUUAAGCUGCAAAUCUUGUUAAGACUAAGCACUUGCGCCUACCCGAUAACUGAUUUUGACUUGGUUCGUCUGGACUUGAUCCUCAGAUCAGUAUCUGACUCGACCUUCAGAUCUCUCCACCUGACUUGGUGCCUUAUAAUUAUUCCCUAGCGAACUCAUAAUUUUUUGACUCAUUUGGUUACUAUACCAAUUCACUGGUUUCCUGUCAAUGACCAUUUCUUCUUCUGUAACUGCUACUCCGCCAGUAGUGUUGAUCUUUUUCUAUACGUUUCGACCCCUAACUCUACCACAUUUAUCUUCACUCAGCCUCAAGGAAACAUCAUUUGGUAUGCUAUUGAUAUUAGUUUCAAUGUCUAACUAGUUUUUAGAAGAUAUCUUCCAUUCCUCUCUUGCCAUAUGCGAGAAGGCAGUAGUUGGGUGAACCUUAACCCAGCCAUCUCAGUCAAGGCACGCUCGUCACUGCGUUCGCCUUUGGCGAAAUCAACCAAUUCUCAGCCCAUCUCGACAAAGUGUGUUCACUUCGGGUCGAUCGAUUUGAGCUCUUAUUGAACAUAACACUACUCGUGCUCAUGGAAUGACCAAUCUGCAUAAGUAAUGUUUUGGAUUUAUUCGGUAGAUAAACAAAGAGGAGGCUGUGUAUUUUCAGGAUAGCUACAUCAUGUCUCGAUCGAUUCGUUGAAUUCUUGAAUUCCUAUCUAACACGUGCGCGUCAACAAUAGUGUCGUCGUUGGACGAAGCUCCCCAAUCCAACUAAUGCAAUUAGACCCAUCCCCCUUCCAGUCAACGCCCACAAUUUAGCUUACAGUGUGCACAACGUUGCCAUGUCACGAAAUCUCUCGGAAACUCAUUUGGCUGCGGAUCAGAGAGCUCGCAAUGUUUGACGUCAACCCACAGUUCUCUUAAAACUAUGCGGCUGCAUACAGCAACACUAUAGAUACUGCAAUCCCUUCUCUGUCCUCGCCAUCCCAACUCGAGCAAUUCCAUUGGUUCAGCAGCCAGCCAUGGCCGCAUUGCUUACUACCAGAAUUCUCCUCUUCUGUUUCCUUGCUCUGCUCGCCGGAGCCGCCGAUGCUCAGCUCUCGCCGGCGUUCUACGACAGUUCUUGCCCGAACCUGGAGUCCAUCGUGCGAUCAGCCAUGACGCAGGCCGUCAACAGGGAGCAGCGGAUGGCUGCCUCCAUCCUCCGCCUCUUCUUCCACGACUGCUUCGUCAAUGGCUGCGACGGAUCGAUCCUUUUGGACGACACGUCUAGUUUCACCGGCGAGAAGAACGCCGGUCCCAAUGCAAACUCUGCCCGUGGCUUCGAAGUCAUCGACGCCAUCAAGGCCAACGUAGAGGCCGCUUGCCGAGCCACCGUCUCGUGCGCCGACAUCCUCGCGCUCUCUGCUCGUGACGGCGUCGUCCUGCUUGGAGGACCUACGUGGACUGUGCAGUUGGGGCGGAGGGACGCGAGGACGGCCAGCCAAAGCGCGGCCAACAGCAACCUCCCCGGGCCCGGAUCCAACCUCCGCCAGCUCGUGUCCGCGUUCUCGGCCAAGGGCUUGAGCGCGCGCGACAUGACCGCGCUUUCCGGCGCGCACACCAUCGGGCAGGCCCGGUGCGCCACCUUCCGCUCCCGCAUCAACGGCGACGCCAACGUCAACGCCAGCUUCGCAGCGCUCCGCCGGCGGAGCUGCCCGUCGUCAGGCGGCGACGGCAGCCUGGCGCCGCUGGACGUCCAGACUCCGGCGGCCUUCGACAACCAGUACUACCAGAAUCUGUUGGUGCAGCAGGGCCUGCUGCACUCCGAUCAGGAGCUCUUCAACGGCGGCUCUCAGGACGCACUGGUUCGGCUUUACAGCUCCGACGCGGCGGUCUUCAACCGGGACUUCGCAGCGGCCAUGGUGAGGAUGGGAAACAUCGGCCCCUUGACAGGGAGCAGGGGAGAGAUCCGAGUUAAUUGCAGGAGGCUGAACUGAUCUACAUCUGUUGGAUCACGGGGGAAAAAUAUUCUAUUUUCAUUUUUCACAAAGAUUCUAACAAUAAAUUAAGAAGUAUUAUUAUUUUUUAAUUCUAAGAACAAACACUCUUAGAAUCCUCGAAUCUAUGUUUUUUUUUACAAAAAUCCAAAGGGAGUAUUAUUAAUUAAA